AUGUCGAAACGAACAGUCUUCACCUCCAUCACUCCCCUCCCCCCCGGCAUCUCGCGCCAAACCGCCAUCGACUUCCUCCACAACCACCGUGACAUGAUCGACUUGAAUCCCUUGGUCACCGACCGCCACGUCAUCCCGCCUCCUCCCCACGCCCUGCCGGAAGAGCACGUCUGCACCUGGUACUCCAUCACCGACAAGAUCUCGUACCUCCCAGGCCAGCUCGUCACCGGCGCCAUCUCAUAUACCGCCGCCUUCCACGACCUGCCCCUGGGCCUGCAGACGCACUGCCACGCCCCCAUGGGCGUCGACCUACGCGAGAAGUGGACGGUGGGGGGCUCCGAGCCGGGGGAAGACCCGGAACCCAUGGAGCUGGGCCUGGGAGCGCCGCGGUCCGGCCUGUAUAUCCGGGAGGAUGUCGUCAUCACUUGCAACGUCAUGAUGGCGAGCUUCAUCAAGAAGACGAUCAAAAAGGCCCACGGAACUCUGAUUGAGGCGCUGUCUGUAAAGGCUGCCUCGUCA